GUCGCCGGAGCUGUAGUAAAUAUGCGCGUCACUUCCGGAUGGUAGAAAUGGCGGGCGAUGAAGACAGAAUGGCGGAGCUGGAGGACGGAGAGCUGGAUUCAGAUCAGGAGCAGCGAGAGCAGGGCGGCGCUCCGUCUCUGAGCUCGGCCUCCGUCUCUGGGUACCGCAGCCUGAAGAGCCCGGGCUCCAGCGACAGUGACUCUGCGUCUGAAGACGAGGCCGUGGCCUGGAGACACAAGCGGCUCCGCAGCUCCAGCGCUCCCUCCGGCUCCGGACGCAGGGUCAACAACGUCUGGGGCUCCGUGGUGCAGGAGCAGAGCCAGGAGUCUGUGGCCGCAGAGCUGGGCAUCAUGGGCAUGGAGAGCAGCGUCAGCAUGAGCAGUCGCCAGAGCGAGACCUACAACUACAUCCUGGCCCGCAAGCUGAUGGAGAAGGAGCGCGAGGAGCAGGAGCAGGGCCUGAGGAGCGCGCUGGACGGCCAGCUGGACGGAUACAUGCAGCAGAAGAGCUGUCCGAGUCUGAAGAGGAAGCGUCCUGCUAAAGAGAGGCUGGGCCCGCGGGCCGAGAUGGACCUGAGCGGCCGAUACCCGCUGCUGGAGGACGACCCUGAGGAGAGAGUGGUGGAGGAGAUCGCCCACAGACUCAUGGAGCCGAAGAAGGAUCUGAUCGAGCGAGUGGUGAGAGUGAUAGGAAAGAAGAAAGCCAUCGAGCUGCUGUCGGAGACGGCAACCAUUGAGCAGACCGGAGGACUCUACACUGUGGAUGGCAGCAGGAGACGGACACCUGGUGGAGUGUAUCUGAACCUCCUGAAGAACACACCCAGCAUCUCAGACGGACAGGUGAAGGAGAUAUUUCAUGAGGAGAACCAGAAAGAAUACAACAACAAAAAGUCAGCUAAGAAGCGACGGAAGCGAGUAGUAGCAAAGCAGAUGAAGCAGGCCAUCAACACGCUCAACCUCCAGGAGGAUGACGACGUGUCCCGAGAAACGUUUGCCAGUGACACUGAAGAGGCUCUGGGCUCGCUGGAGGAGGCCCCCGAGGGCCCGUCGGAGUCUGCACUGGGCACAGAGGACAGCCCUGUCGUCUACACCUCCACCGACCUCGAGGUUUUCUAACGGAGCAUGCCCCUUCUAGAUCGACUGAACUAAAGAUGAAAGACACGGUGGGUUUGUUCUGACAGAUAGCACUUCAAGUUCUCUGCUGGUUCCUGAAAGACUAAGCAGCAGCCAACUCUUGUACAGAUCUUCUACAGAAAUUCUUGCCUGGUUUAAAUGUUGUUGAUAAAUUGUGAUAUUUCUGAUUUUUUGCAAGCUUUUGAUACUUUACUGCAUUCACGGAAAAUGUAUUGCAGCAAGAAAAUAUACAUUUACUUAUUUCAGAAGAAUACAGCUUGU